AUGAAUCAUCGCAGACUGAUACGCGCACGGUCCGAGACAGCACGGCUGCGACGACAGCAACGCCGCUCCAACGUCCGCACUCUGGCAGGACGUCGGAAGACGACAUUAGAGCUUGCGUCGGGCCGGACGCGCGCUAGGCGCGUGCGCGAAUCGUAUUUGUCGUUAAUACCGUCCGAUAGCCGGCCGGCGGACCGUCACGGUCCUGCAGCCGCGCCCUGU